AGCCUCCUGUGUGUUAAACUAACAAGAAUGCUGUUCGCCUCUGCGCACAAUCCACACACUUUUAUUUCAGAGUGACUGUGUCACGAGAUAAACGUCACUUGGCAGCGUCAUCUCCCGGAGUGCUCUCGCAGUGAAACACUGAAGGCAAACAGAAAACAAGUUUUAGCACACACACACAAACAUAAAUACACACGCGCACACACAUGCGAAAGAAGUUCAACAUACACGCACAUAUAUAAACAUUCUCGCUUACACGCAAAUGCACAAAAACACGCAGAACACACGCGCGCACAAUCGCAAAUGCAUACGUGCACAUCCGCAUAAAAUGCACACGUAGAUACACACACACAAAGUACAAACACACAUAUCAAUACACACACAUACCACUCCGCAAAUAUACACAUACAUACCAACACACACACACAUAUUCCUACACACAUAACUCACGUACACAGACACACACACACGCACCAACACUCACACACACACACUGCUCACACACGACUCAGGGACGGAGCCCGAACCAUGGUGACCGUGUCCGGGGAGCUGUUCCUCAACAUCACGGGUGGCAGAGGCGGAGGUGCGAUGCGGGCCGUGGCUGAGAACAUCUCGCGCGAGCUGCUGAGGAUGAACGAGAGCCACGCCACUCACGCCCUGGUGAACAGCACGGCAUCGGCGGCGGACGACGACCGCACGGUGCCCGAGCUGGUGCUCAUCAUCGUGUUCACCACCAUCGUCAGUCUGCUCACCAUCAUCGGCAACAUCCUGGUGAUGCUCUCCUUCAAGGUGAACAGCCAACUCAAGACGGUCAACAACUACUUCCUGCUGAGCCUUGCCUGCGCCGACCUCAUCAUCGGCGUCUUCUCCAUGAACCUCUACACCACCUACAUUGUCAUGGGCCGCUGGGUGCUGGGCCAGGUGGCCUGUGACCUGUGGCUCGCGCUCGACUACGUGUCGAGCAACGCGUCCGUCAUGAACCUGCUGGUCAUCAGCUUCGACCGCUAUUUCUCCAUCACGCGGCCGCUCACCUACAGGGCCAAACGCACCACGAAGCGCGCGGCCAUCAUGAUCGGCCUCGCCUGGGCCGUGUCCUUCAUCCUGUGGGCGCCCGCCAUCCUCUUCUGGCAGUACUUCGUCGAGGAGGUUCCGGACUCGGAGGGCAAGUGCCAGAUCCAGUUCCUGUCGGAGCCCAUCAUCACCUUCGGAACGGCCAUCGCGGCCUUCUACCUGCCCGUCACCAUCAUGUGCAUCCUCUACUGGAGGAUCUACAAGGAGACGGAGAAGCGCUCCAAGGAGCUCGCCGGGCUGCAGGGCUCCGACACCGACUCCGAGUCGACAGGGCAGCUCGUGCUGCACGAGAGCCGCUCCCGCAAGUCCAGCUUCAACGAGGUCUACGUCAAGGACAACGGGGGCGGUGGAGCGGGAGGAGGAGCGGCGGGCGGUGGCGGCGGCGGCGGCGGAGGCGGCAGGGACGCCGGGGGGCUGCGGUCCCCUCGCUACUGCUUCCCGGGGCUGCGCGUGUGCCACCCGCACAAGCGCGCCGAGCGCGAGCUCAGCAACAGCGAGAGCUGGCGCAGCCACGGCGGCAGCGGGGGGCCCUCGCCGAGCCACUCGGCGCUCUCCGAGGAGGAGGGCUGCCCGCCCGAGCGGCCCAAGUCCAUCUACACGGUGGUGAUGAAGACGUCGGGCUCGGGGCUGCUCGCCGUGCAGUCCUCGUCCACCUCCUCCGUGGCGAUCACCGUCUCCGCCGUCGCGGUCGCGUCGGCCGGGGCGUCGGCGCAGGAGGACGGCGCCGCCGCCGCCAAGGAGGCGACCGUGCCGACGGAGACGCGGCUGCGGGCCGACGGCCACUCGGCCGCGACGUCGCCCGUCGAGGCCUCCGCCCACCCGGAGCGGGACAAGCGGCACAAGUUCCACCAGCGCUGCUGCAAGUUCCCCGAGCAGUCCGGCGCCAACGCUGCCGCCGCCGCCUCGUCGUCCUCCUCCUCUCGCGGCGGCAACGGCAGCAGCAACAGCGGCGCCGGCGCCGGCGGUGCCGCCGGUGGCGGCAGCAAAUCGCCGCGGCCGCAGUUCCUGCACGGCCAGGCGGUGUCGUGGAAGCACGACAAGAAGACGCGCAAGCUGCUGGCCAAGGCCAAGCGGCACGCGAAGCCCAAGAGCGUGACGCUCAUCAAGGAGAAGAAGGCGGCGCAGACGCUGAGCGCCAUCCUGCUGGCGUUCAUCGUCACGUGGACGCCCUACAACAUCAUGGUGCUCGUGUCGACGUUUUGCGACGACUGCAUCCCCGUCGACCUGUGGCACCUGGGCUACUGGCUGUGCUACGUCAACAGCACGGUGAACCCCAUGUGCUACGCGCUGUGCAACCAGAACUUCAGGCGGACCUUCAAGUGGCUGCUGCUGUGCCAGUGGGGCCGCAGGAAGAAGAGGCAGCUGCAGGACCAGAAGAAGGUCAUCUUCUGCAAGAAGAUCACCAGGGACGCGAGCACAUGAGCGGCGGCGCAGGUACGGGACGGUAGGGUGGGACGGAGUCGUAGGAGGAAGGCAUGGCGAGUCGAUCAACGAAGACUCGGGCCCUUUGCCGUUCGUUUGUGCCGCUAGGGGAAGGCGGAAGGCCAGCGAGCCAAUGCCGGAGACGGAGGCGGCGCUGAGGAUGUACUGUGGUCGUGGUGCCGUGCUUGCGAUGGCGAGAGAAGAUCGGCGGCUGCGGCUCGGUAUUCGGACAUGUGGAGGAAUUAAGAAGUGAAAACAAAGACGAAAGUAUAAAACACGUGUCGUUUCUCUGUAUAAUUCCAGUGUACAUAACUUUGCUGUAUAUACGUCAAAAAAACAUAUCUAUAUAUGUGCUAAGAAGGUAUUUUUUAUAUUUUGUACUAUAUUAAGAUGUAGCUCUGCUUGUAAUGCAGUAAUCGAUAAGGUGUGGUUUUUAAACACUCGGCACACGUGUGAAUUUAGCCACGGCGCUUCAAGUACGGUCAACGGUUGCCUGCGUCCGUAACACGGAUCCAGAAUGGAAUGCACUUCUUGCAGGUCGGUAUAUUUGCGAGUAAAUUUCGUGACGUCUUUGCUGCUUUGAAUAUUACCCGUGAACAAAACGAGCGCGAAGUCACCGCCAGUCCUCGAUUCUCUCCGUUGGUUGAAGGAGCUGUGGGUGGAUGGGGGGCUAAAGGGGCCCUAGUGGCUACGAAGACGACGAUGAGAACCGCGCUGAGACGUGAGAUAUUGGUGGUUUUGCCGAAACAAUUCGAGGGGGGUGUUGUUUGGUUAUAUUUGUACCGUUUUCUGUGUCGUCACCGCAAAGCGCCCGCAGGUCUCCUCUUUUCUUUUUGUUGUUGUUUGGCCGUUGUUUUGCAACCAAAAACUACGUUUUUGUUAAUUGCAGUGAAAGAUCUGAAAUGUAACUUUGGAUGGGAAACGCCGCAAGUGUUGCACAUUUGGCAUUUCAGACGAUAACGGGGGGGGGGGUCGUUUUUUUUUGUUCAAGCGUUGAAUUAAAGGUACAGUAGUUCUGUUUUACGAUUUCAGGCAAUGGCAGCAGUGAAAUAACACAUUCUGCCAGAGUUUUUAUUUUUCUAUUUUUCACCCUGUUAAACCGGCGUCGCUGAACGCGAGGCAGGAAUGAGGUUUUUGAACCCGUGCCCCCUUCGUACCUACUGCCAGCACAAACGCGUCUCCCAGCAUUUAUUUAUUCAGCCAACGCCAUUCCACGCCAUUCUACGUGACUUUACCGAAAGAACCAAGAAGACGACCCAGGUACAUUGACAAAACACGCCGGCAUGUAGCUACAGUGGCAAUGUCAGGCCGGGAUCGUGACGAAUUCGGCCGGCCACAGCCGCAGCCACGGGCUUUGGUUUCCCCCGGAGUCGGCUUACGUGACUGGGUACAUGCUGGGGGGGGACGUAGCUGCAUUAUGCCCCCCCCCCGCCCUCCUAUCUUUUUC